UUUCCAAACAAAUAAAUGUAUCUGAAUAUUAGAAGUUGUAUGCUAUGUUUACUUAGCUGUUAACUGAAAAGUAGAAAGACAUUACAUAAACGAUAAAACAAACACUAGAGCAACGUAUCUGAUUUUAAGAAAAAAAAAUAUAGUUUGUCAGCAUUCUGCUAGCCUGUUUGUAAUUUUUAAAUACAAAUAAUAGCUCAAAGCUUUCAGAACGGUUAGCCUUGGGUUAAUGAGUUAACACUUUUUUCAAUGGUGUGUUUAUGAUCUAUGAUUAAUAUAAUAGAAGUCCUUAAAUACACGAGAAAGGUUAUUCCAGUGACCGCGCAUCCCACACGCAGCGACGUUUCUGUGUGCGCGCUUCAACAGCAUCGGGCGCGAGGCAGGCUGACACCAGAGCGGUCCGAUAAAUCACUGCAAUGGAGUAGGGGAGGGUGGAGGAGGACACCGGCUGCCCUGCCUCCAAUCUGCAUGUGAGCACGCUGCAGAGCAGACACACGGCAGGAAGGCAGGGCUCCAUCACAGGGCAACAAAGGGACGCAUGGUUCAUCAAUAAUAAAAGAUUAUCUGAGACACGUUGCGUUCAUAGGUACCCGUUUGACUGCAUCCGUACUCACCUUGAAGCACAUCACAGUCAUGGAGCUGGAGCACUUUGAUGAGCGGGACAAGGCUCAGAGAUACACUCGAAGGGGCUCAAGAGGAAAUGGGCUCCCCAGCCCCACUCAUAGUGCCCACUGCAGCCUGUACAGAACCAGAACACUGCAAGCACUGAGCUCAGAAAAGAAGGCCAAGAAGAUCCGUUUCUACCGCAAUGGGGACCGAUAUUUCAAAGGAAUUGUGUAUGCCAUUUCUCAGGACAGAUUUAGGUCUCUGGAAGCCCUCCUUGCUGACCUCACAAGAUGUCUGUCAGAUAAUGUCAACCUGCCCCAAGGAGUACGGACCAUAUAUUCCAUUGAUGGUUUAGCAAGGAUCACCAGCAUGGACCAGCUGGUGGAAGGCGAGAGCUAUGUUUGUGCUUCAAUAGAGCCCUAUAAGAAGCUGGACUACACAAAGAACGUAAAUCCCAACUGGUCACUUGGUGCCAGGACUGCUGUGUCUGUCCGUGAUCCUUCUUCCCUUGGUAGUGCCAAGACUGGAUCCCCAGAAACCAGAGAGAACAAAGAAUUCAUAAGGCCUAAACUGGUAACAAUUGUUCGAAGUGGAGUAAAACCACGCAAGGCUGUACGGAUUUUGCUCAACAAGAAGACUGCACACUCGUUUGAGCAGGUUAUGACUGACGUCACAGAUGCCAUUAAGCUCGACUCUGGAGUCGUCAAAAGGCUAUAUACUGUUGAUGGGAAAAUGGUCACCUGCCUUCAGGACUUUUUUGGCGAAGAUGAUAUAUUCUUUGCUUGUGGCCCUGAAAAAUUCCGCUACCAAGAUGACUUCAAUUUGGAUGAAACUGAAUGCAGAGUGGCAAAGUCUGCAUCAUAUGGUCGCCUCCCCACAGUGCAAGGUCGCUCUUCCCCAAGAGGCGGUGGGAUGUCCCGCAGAAGCAAGUCUCCCUCAUCGCCUAGUUCAGCUAAUGGCACUGCGGGCAGUCAGCUGUCCACACCUCGAUCUGGAAAAUCUCCAAGCCCCUCUCCAACCAGUCCAGCAAGCCUCCGAAGACGACAGGGAUCUCAAUAUAGUGGUUCUUCACUCUCACUGGCCUCUACCAAGGUAUGCAGCUCAAUGGAUGAAGGAGAUGGGCUUGGCAGUGAGGCUGAGUUGGUGCAUGAGUGGUCCUCAGUUCCUGUCUCCAUAGCAGACAGGUACAAAGUGGGGAGGACUUUAGGGAACGGGAACUUUGCUGUUGUCCGUGAAUGUGUGGAGAGGUCUACUGGAAGAGAGUAUGCUCUCAAAAUAAUCAGCAAAGAUAAAUGCAGGGGAAAGGAGCACAUGAUACAGAGUGAAGUAUCCAUCCUUCGGCGUGUGAAACAUCCAAAUAUUGUACUCUUAAUUGAAGAAAUGGACACCUCAAAUGAGCUGUAUCUUGUAAUGGAGCUGGUUAAGGGGGGAGACCUCUUUGAUGCCAUUACUUCCUCUAACAAAUACACUGAGAGAGAUGCCAGCUGUAUGCUGUUCAACCUGGCAAGUGCUAUCAAAUACCUUCAUAGUCUCAAUAUUGUCCACAGAGAUAUAAAACCAGAAAAUCUAUUGGUGUAUGAGCAUCAGGAUGGUAGUAAAUCUCUGAAGUUGGGUGACUUUGGCUUGGCUACUGUCGUGAAUGGACCUCUUUAUGCUGUGUGUGGCACACCCACCUAUGUAGCACCAGAAAUUGUUGCUGAAACAGGGUAUGGCCUCAAGGUGGAUAUUUGGGCAGCUGGUGUCAUCACUUACAUACUACUCUGUGGUUUUCCUCCUUUUCGUUGCAAUGGUGAAGACCAGGAGGCUCUCUUUGAACAAAUUUUGAAGGGACAGGUUGAUUUUCCAGCACCAUAUUGGGACAACAUUUCAGAUGCUGCCAGGGGUCUAAUCACUGGGAUGCUGCAGGUAGUGGUGGUUCAAAGAUACACUGCUGUACAAGUGCUUGAUCACCCAUGGGUUAAUGGUGAUGCUGUACUGGAGAGAGAGCACCAGCUUCCUGUGGCUGGGAAAAUCAAAAAGCAUUUCAAUACUGGACCCAAGCCCAACAGCACUACAGCUGGCGUGUCUAUUAUAACGCCGGACCAGGACUUUACCAUCCAGAAGUCAGGGUCUUUGGACCACAACCAGCAUCCAGGAUUGUACUGGAUAAGACCACGCCACUUGAUAAAGAGAAGCAAGUUUUCAGACGAAGACGCCACCAGGAUGUAAAGCUUACCCCCCAUCUCCCUCACGGUAUUGGUGCCAGCAUGUCCCACAGUGCCAAACCUGUCCUCUCCCCUGCUGAAUUUACCUCCGAGUCUGAAGA